CUGUGUAAUUUAUUUAUCGAUUUUUCUGGCUGUUCCUCACACUCCCCCACAAGAGCCAGAGAGAGUGCAGCCUUGCUUCGCUGGUGAUCCAUUCUAGAGAGAGAAACACUUCUUCCACUCUCUCUCUCUAUGAUGGCCGAUGAUCCAAUGCCCACGCGCUGGUCUUUCCAGGACUUCAAAUUUUAUUAUGAUGCUAAGUUUGGUAGGAAGAAGGCCGAGAAGAAUGGCGAGACUGCUGAUGAAGCGGUGGUAAGUAAUGGAGGUUCAUUGGGCGCCGUGUUGAAUGGCAAUCCGCAUGCAAAAAAGGCAUCGGAAAUGGCUGUCUAUGAGCAGUUUCGAACUGAGGGGCAGAACCAGAUUCACUCCAAUGGAUUUUCGCCGGUUAAUAUGGAUGAAAGGCCGCAGAGAUCUUUGCUUCCACCUUUUGAGUCUGCAGAAAUGCGAACUUUAGCAGAGAGCCUAAGUAGGGAUAUCAUUCGUGGAAGUCCAGAUGUAAAAUGGGAAAGUAUCAAGGGCUUAGAGAAUGCCAAACGUUUGCUGAAAGAGGCUGUUGUGAUGCCAAUUAAGUAUCCCAAGUACUUCACUGGUCUGUUAUCACCAUGGAAGGGCAUCCUCCUUUUUGGACCACCAGGAACAGGAAAGACAAUGCUUGCUAAGGCAGUUGCGACAGAGUGCAAGACUACCUUUUUUAAUAUUUCAGCAUCGUCUGUAGUUAGCAAAUGGCGAGGUGAUUCGGAGAAGUUAGUGAAAGUGUUAUUUGAACUUGCAAGGCAUCAUGCACCCUCAACAAUAUUUCUUGACGAAAUUGAUGCAAUCAUUAGUCAACGUGGGGAAGCUCGUAGUGAACAUGAAGCAAGUAGACGGUUGAAAACUGAGCUUCUUGUUCAGAUGGAUGGUUUGACCCGGACAGAUGAACUGGUUUUUGUCUUGGCGGCAACAAAUCUUCCCUGGGAAUUGGAUGCAGCCAUGCUCCGACGUCUUGAGAAGCGUAUCCUUGUACCACUUCCAGAACCAGUAGCGAGGAGAGCAAUGUUUGAGGAACUCCUUCCUGUGCAGGCUGAGGAGGAACCGAUCCCCUAUGAUUUGCUUGUGGAUCAGACAGAAGGAUAUUCAGGGUCAGAUAUCCGAUUACUCUGUAAAGAAACAGCAAUGCAGCCCUUGAGACGCUUGAUGUCACAACUUGAGCAGAGACAGGAGGAGGUGGUGCCUGAAGAUGAGUUGCCAAAAAUUGGGCCAAUCAGAUCUGAAGAUAUAGAAACGGCAUUAAGAAAUACAAGACCAUCUGCUCAUCUCCAUGCCCACAAAUACGACAAGUUCAAUGCUGAUUAUGGUAGUCAAAUACUACAAUGAAAAGUUUUAAUUGUUAUUCUUAUGUCGUCCACAAAUUUGAUUGUCAUAAAAUUACUGUUGUAAGACUAGUUAAACCCUUGCAACUUCAACUUUUCUAGGUAUGCAACUUUUCUGCAUUAUUAGUACCAACUAUUCUUACAAAUAUUUAAGUGGCAAAUGCUUGUGAUUAUACUUUUUAGUUCA